UGCUGCGCCGGCAGGGCCCUCGCAUUCCUGGGCUAUUUUUAGGGUGGCCCUAUCAGCCCAGCUGUCCCUGCUGUCCCUGCUGCCGGCCCCACUAGUGCCUCUCCCGUGCAGUGCCGCGCUCGCCCCGGUGGAAACGCUGCUCCUGGCUCCCUCCGCCAGGGCUGCGGCUCCAUGAGACAUCACCAUGGCGUUCUCAUCCCGGUUUGCGUUCUGGGAGCAGAAGGUCAAGGACGAGGAUAAAUCUUUAGCUGUGAAAAGACCCGUGAAGGAAGACGGGGCUUCAGAGAGCCCAAAGGACGCAGCAUCGGCACCUCUGAAAGCUGAGACCCCAAAAGCUGAGCCUGCGAAAGCUGAGCCCCCAAAACCUGAGCCUGUGAAGAGCCCUGAACCCGUGAAGAGCCCUGAGCCACCUCCUGGGAGAGGGAAGAGCCCAGAGCCAGUGCUGAACGGGGCAGCUGUGAAUGGGCUGGAGGGCCCGGCCACCGAGGCACAGGGAGAUGAUGGUCAGGGGCUGUCCCGCCGCAAGGUGGUCCGGGUGGUGCGCAAGGUGGUCCGCAAAGUUCUGCCAGGGGAGGACACUGGCAGUGCCAAGGAGCCAGGCCGAGAUGCCAAGUCUCCUGAGCCAGUGCCACCCCCAAGGAAGGAGGAAACAAGCCGCAGCAGUGUCCCAGCUCCCCCAGCCCCGCCGCCUCCCCCCACCACGGUGCCUUCAGCCAAGCCGGAAGCCAAGGAUGAGAUCUCAGAGGGGCUCAAAACCCUCAUGGCAAAGGGCAAAACCAAGGAGCACCGGCCACGGCUCCGGCUGGGGGACAGGCAGGAGAAGUCCCGUGAGCCAGCUGGUGGGGACACAAAGCUGUCCCCGUCCCCGGGCGCUGAAGCCAAACCAGAGCCACCAGUGCAGCUUUUGGGAGGGAAAGCGGAGCUGGCAAAGGCUUCUGCUCCGAAACCCACGGCCCUGGAGAGGCACAAGAAGCUGCAGACCAGUGAGAAGCGGCCGACCCCUGUGAAAAAUGUCCCGGCUGCUCCCCAGCAGGCUGCCCCUGGCCCUGCUUCCCCUGGCCCGGUAUCCCUGCUGAGCCCGUCUGAGGAGGCGCAGCUCCGGCUGGAGAGGAUCUUCACCACUUCUCUGGACCCCACCACCUCCGCCUCGGCACCCAGCCAGGUACUGUACCCCUGUCCUCAGGAGCCCUCUGCCUCCACCAGCGACCCCCCGCCAUCCUCUGUCUGCCGCUGGGCUGGCGUCUGCGCCCGCGCCUCGUGCUGGAGUGGUCCAGCGGACGAUGCGCCGACAGCUCCCCUUGACCCCGUCCCUGCUGCAGCUCAGGCCAAGUCAGAGGAGCAGAUAGCAGCUGAAGAGGCCUGGUACGAGACCGAGAAGGUGUGGCUGGUGCACAGGGAUGGCUUCUCCUUGGGCAGCCAGCUGCGGCCAGAGGUGGGCAGUCCCCUCCCCGAGGGCAAAGUGAAGGUGAAACUGGACCACGAUGGAGCCAUCCUGGAGGUGGAGGAGGAUGAUGUGGAGAAGGCAAACCCCCCGUCCUGUGACCGUGUGGAGGACCUCGCCAGCCUCCUCUACCUCAACGAGUCCAGCACACUGCACACGCUGCGCCAGCGCUACGGUGGCAACCUCCUGCACACCUACGCCGGGCCCACCAUGGUCAUCAUCAACCCGCUGAGCUCCCCCUCCAUGUACUCUGAGAAGGUGAUGCACAUGUUCAAGGGGUGCCGCAGGGAGGACACCUCCCCGCACAUCUACGCGGUGGCGCAGGCCGCGUACCGCAGCAUGCUGAUGAGCCGCCAGGACCAGGCCAUCGUCCUGCUGGGUGCCAGCGGCAGCGGCAAAACCACCAACUGCCAGCACCUGGUCCAGUACCUUGCCACCAUCGCUGGCAGCACCGGCAAGGUCUUCUCCGCGGAGAAGUGGCAGGCUCUCUACACCAUCCUGGAGGCUUUUGGCAAUAGCAGCACCGGCAUGAAUGGCAACGCCACCCGCUUCUCCCAGAUCAUCUCUCUGGACUUCGACCAGGCUGGGCAGGUGGCGUCUGCCUCUGUACAGACACUGCUGCUGGAGAAGCUGCGUGUGGCCCGGCGCCCGGCCAAUGAGACCACCUUCAAUGUCUUCUACUACCUGCUGGCCUGCUCUGACAGCACCCUGCGGACUGAGCUUCACUUCAACCACCUGGCAGAGAACAAUGUCUUUGGCAUCGUGCCCCCCUCCAAGCCGGAGGAAAAGCAGAAGGCAACCCAGCAGUUCAGCAAGCUCCUGGCAGCCAUGAAGGUGAUGGGCAUCUCAGGAGAUGAGCAGAAAGCCUUCUGGCUCAUCCUGGGGGCCAUUUACCAUCUGGGAGCUGCCGGGGCAACCAAAGACGCCGACGAAGCUGGGAGGAAGCAGUUUGCACGGCACGAGUGGGCUCAGAAAGCCGCGUACCUGCUGGGCUGCAGCCUGGAGGAGCUCUCCUCUGCCAUCUUCAAGCACCAGUCCAAGGGCACCCUGCAGCGCUCCACCUCCUUCCGCCAGGGCCCCGAUGAGUCUCCCCUGGGGGACAGUGGCACAGGUAGGGUGAGGUACAGGGGGGACAGCGGAUGGCUCCGGGGGAUGCCGGGCUCGGGACACUCAGGCUUGCUUUGGCCAGGUCCCAAGCUGACGGCGCUGGAGUGCCUGGAGGCCAUGGCAGCUGGCUUGUACUCCGAGCUCUUCACACUCCUCAUCUCCCUCCUCAACAGGGCGCUGAAGUCGAGCCAGCACUCGGUGUGCUCCGUGACAGUGGUGGACACCCCUGGGGCACAGAACCCCGAGCUGGCGGGGCAAAGUCGGGGAGCCACCUUCGAGGAGCUCUGCCACAACUAUGCCCAGGAGCGCCUGCAGCAGCUCUUCCACCAGCGCACCUUUGCCCGCGAGCUGGAGAGAUACAAGGAGGAGAACAUAGAGCUUGCCCUGGCUGAUGCUGAGCCCAGCUGCUCUGGCUCCAUAGCUGCUGUGGACCAGUCCUCACACCAGGCACUGGUCCGGUCUCUGGCCCGCACGGACGAGGCGCGGGGGCUGCUGUGGCUUCUGGAGGAGGAAGCGCUGCAGCCAGGGGGCAACGAGGACACCUUGCUGGAGCGGCUCUUCUCCUACUACGGGCCCCAGGAAGGGGGCAAAAAAGGGCACAACCCACUACUCCCCAGUGACAAGCCCCGGCACUUCCUCCUGGGACACAACUCAGGGACCAACUGGGUGGAGUACGACGCUACGGGAUGGCUCAACUACGUCAAGCACAACCCAGCCUCCCAAAACGCCUCUGUCCUACUGCAGGAGUCCCAGAAGAAGGUGAUCAGCAGCCUGUUUUCUGGGCGCGGUGGCUCGGCGCUGGUGCUGUCGGGCUCGGUGGCGGGGCUGGAGGGGGGCUCCCAGCUGGCCCUGCGCCGGGCCACCAGCAUGCGCAAGACUUUCACCACCGGCGUGGCUGCCGUCAAGAAGAAAUCCCUCUGCAUCCAGAUCAAGCUGCAAGUGGAUGCCCUCAUCGACAGCAUCAAGAAGUCCAAGCUCCACUUUGUGCAUUGCUUCCUGCCCAAGGCGGGGGGCAGCGGGGACCCCCAGGCUGUGCUGUGCCGGCGGGUGAGUGGCAGCGAGCUGGAGCUGCCGGCAGAGCACUGUGAGGCCGGGCUGAUGCAGCUGGACGUGCCCCUCCUGCGUGCCCAGCUCCGCGGCUCCCGCCUGCUCGACGCCCUCCGCAUGUACCGCCAAGGUUACCCCGACCACAUGGUGUUUGCGGAGUUCAGGCGGCGCUUUGAUGUCCUGGCCCCACACCUGACCAAAAAGCAUGGGCGCAACUACAUCGUGGUAGAUGAGAAACGGGCAGUGGAGGAGCUCCUGGAAUCGCUGGACCUGGAGAAGAGCAGCUACCACAUGGGCUUGAGCCGGGUGUUCUUCCGGGCUGGAUCACUGGCCAGGCUGGAGGAGCAGCGGGACACACAGACCAGCAGGAACAUCACCCUUUUCCAAGCGGCGUGCAGGGGCUUCCUGGCACGGCAGCACUUCAAGAAGAGAAAGAUCCAGGAUUUGGCCAUCCGGUGCGUGCAGAAGAACAUCAAGAAGAACAAAGGGGUGAAGGAUUGGCCCUGGUGGAAGCUCUUCACCACAGUGCGACCCCUCAUCGAGGUGCAGCUCACCGAGGACCAGAUUCGUGGCAAAGACGAAGAGAUCCAGCAGCUGAAGAGCAAACUCGAGAAGGUGGAGAAGGAGCGUAACGAGCUGCGGCUCAACAGCGACCGCCUGGAGAGCAGGAUCACAGAACUGACAUCGGAGCUGACGGACGAGCGGAACACUGGCGAGUCUGCCUCCCAGCUGCUGGACGCUGAGACAGCUGAGAGGCUGCGGGCUGAGAAGGAGAUGAAGGACCUGCAGGCCAAGUACGAUGCCCUGAAGAAGCAGAUGGAGUCGAUGGAGAUGGAAGUGAUGGAGGCUCGGCUCAUCCGGGCGGCCGAGCUCAACGGGGAGCUUGACGAUGAUGAUUCAGGUGGCGAAUGGCGGCUGAAAUACGAGCGGGCAGUGCGGGAGAUUGACUUCACCAAGAAACGGCUGCAGCAGGAGCUGGAGGACAAGCUGGAGGUGGAGCAGCAGGGCAAGAGGCAGCUGGAGCGCAAGCUGGCGGACCUGCAGGCGGACAGCGAGGAGAGCCAGCGGGCACUGCAGCAGCUGAAGAAGAAGUGUCAGCGCCUGGCUGCUGAGCUGCAGGACACCAAGCUGCACCUUGAGGGACAGCAGGGACGCAACCAUGACCUGGAGAAGAAGCAACGGAGGUUUGACAGUGAGCUCUCACAGGCACAUGAGGAGGCACAGCGGGAACGCUUGCAGCGGGAGAAGCUGAGCCGAGAGAAGGAUGUGCUGGUGGCUGAGGUCUUUGGCCUCAAGCAGCUGCUGGAGGACAAGGACUCGGACAUCGCAGGGCUGACACAGAAGGCAGAGGCGCUGGAGGCAGAGCUGCAGGACAUCUCCUCCCAGGAGUCAAAGGAUGAAGCCUCCCUGGCCAAGGUGAAGAAACAGCUGAGGGACCUGGAGGCGAAGGUCAAAGACCAGGAGGAGGAACUGGAUGAGCAGGCUGGAACCAUCCAGAUGCUGGAGCAGGCGAAGCUGCGGCUGGAGAUGGAGAUGGAGAGGCUGCGGCAGACCCACGCCAAGGAGGUGGAGAGCCGUGAUGAGGAGGUGGAGGAGAUCCGGCAGUCAUGCCAGAAGAAGCUGAAGCAGAUGGAGGUGCAGCUGGAGGAGGAGUAUGAGGACAAGCAGAAGGUGCUGAGAGAGAAGCGGGAGCUGGAAAGCAAGUUAUCUGCUGUCAGCGAGCAGGCCAACCAGCGGGACUUUGAGACGGAAAAGCGCCUGCGCCGGGACCUGAAGAGAACGAAGGCGCUGCUGGCUGAUGCUCAGAUCAUGCUGGACCACCUGAAAAACAACGCACCCAGCAAGAGGGAGAUCACCCAGCUCAAGAAUCAGCUGGAAGAGUCAGAGUUCACCUGCGCAGCCGCUGUCAAGGCCCGCAAAUCCAUGGAAGUGGAGAUCGAGGACCUCCACCUGCAGAUUGAUGACCUUGCCAAGGCCAAGGCAGCGCUGGAGGAGCAGCUGAGCCGUCUGCAGCGGGAAAAGAAUGAGGUGCAGAGCCGGCUGGAGGAGGAUCAGGAGGACAUGAAUGAGCUGAUGAAGAAGCACAAAGCAGCUGUGGCCCAGGCAUCCCGGGAUCUGGCACAGAUGAAUGACCUCCAGGCACAGCUUGAGGAGGUCAGCAAGGAGAAGCAGGAGCUGCAGGAGAAGCUGCAAGGUCUGCAGAGCCAGCUGGAAUUCCUGGAGCAGUCCAUGGUGGACAAGUCACUGGUGAGCCGGCAGGAGGCCAAAAUCCGCGAGCUGGAGACCAGGCUGGAGUUCGAAAGGACGCAAGUCAAGCGCCUGGAGAGCCUGGCCACGCGGCUGAAGGAGAACAUGGAGAAGCUGACGGAGGAGCGGGAUCAACGCGCGGCCGCCGAGAACCGGGAGAAGGAGCAGAACAAGCGGCUGCAACGGCAGCUCCGCGAUGUCAAGGAGGAGAUGGGCGAGCUGGCCAAGAAGGAGGCAGAAGCCAGCCGCAAGAAGCACGAGCUGGAGAUGGACCUGGAGAGCCUGGAAGCUGCCAACCAGAGCCUGCAGUCAGACCUGAAGCUGGCCUUCAAGCGCAUCGGGGACCUGCAGGCAGCCAUCGAGGAUGAGAUGGAGAGUGACAGCAAUGAGGACCUCAUCAACAGUUUGCAGGACAUGGUGGCAAAGUAUCAGAAAAGAAAGAGUAAACUCGAUGGUGACUCAGAUGUGGACUCAGAGCUGGAGGAGCGUGUGGAUGGGGUGAAGUCUUGGCUCUCUAAGAACAAAGGCUCCUCCAAAGCGCUCUCGGAUGAUGGCAGCCUGAAGGGCAGCAGGUCAGCCCCUCCGGACGGCCCCGAGCCCGAGGAGCGGCCGGUGUCGGUGUUGAGCUCCCUCAGCUACAGGAAGCGGCCGGGCCUCAAGGACUCCAUAGGCGGCCGCGGGGAUGAGCAGACGCUGUUCAGCGCCCUGGGCGAGCGGCCGCCUUCCCCCGAGCGCCCUCCGCGCAGGGCGGCCCGCGGCGAGCCCCAGGACCGGGCGGCCGUCAUCACCCGCGCCUUCGCCGACGCCAGCGGCCGGGCUCGCCAAGGGCUGGACAAGCGCUGGUCCCUCUCGACCACCGACGUAGAGAAAGCCUCUGUCGCCUCCGCCCCAGUGAGCCGCGUCUCCUCCGCCUCCUGGCGCGGGCUGGAGGACGGCGAUGAUGGGGAUGAGGGGUGCUCGGUGCUGAGCUUCGCCCUCUCCAGCCCCGGCAGCUUGCGGAGCCGGCGCGGGGGGUCCGAGGACCGCCCUGAGUCGCGGCUCUCCCUGGCCCGAAGCCGCCUGGAUGAGGCGGACGAGAAGUCCCGCGGGCAGCCGCUCCUGGGGCGCAGCUUCUCUGUGCCCCCACGGCCCCGCAGCGCAGCGUCCGAGGAGGAGGGUCCUGGGGACCCCCGGCCCGUGCGGCACCGCUCCUACCUCGACCCCGACCUGGAAGCCGCCAUCCAGGAGGUGCUGAGCUACCGCCCGCUGCAGGCCAGGGGCUACUCCAGCCCCGAGGCCGACUCGGGGGACGAUGGCCGGAGUGUCAGGAGCGUCCGGAGUGUCCGGAGUGCGGCCCCUCUGGGCGCCGCUGACCGCCCCUCCGGCAGCCUGCGCCGCUCCGCAUCCGCCCUCGACUUCUCCCGGCACAGCUGCCGGUGCCGCAGCAACUCGGGCUCCUCCGAGGAAGAGGAGGAGAGGAAGAAGAAGAGCUCCAAGAAGCACGCCAAGAAAAGGAAGAAGAAAUCCAAGAAGAAGAAGAAGAAGCAGCAAUCAUCAUCCGAGUCCAGUUCCUCCUCCGAGUCCUCCUCCGGCUCCACCAGCUCGUACCGCAGCACCUCCAGCGUCAAGAAGGGCCCGAGAGGGGCGGGGAGCGAGGAGCCGACACGUCCUGCUCGGAACAAGAAGGAGGAGAAGCAGCGGAAGAAGCAGGUGGAUAACCUGAUGAUGAAGUACCUGUACCGUCCCGAGAGCGACUGAGGCAGGAGCCCCACGAGCUCCCGGCACACCUUCACCUACGACAGAUGGGACGAUGAGCAGGACGCCGGGGACAGCACACGUCGCUCCUCCCGCAGCUCCCCCAGUGCCAGCGAGGCGGAGAGCAGGGCUGCCGAGACCCCCGCCUA